AUGGGCGAUUUUCCACCAUCACAGGCGGUUGAACUGGUUACUGAGAUUUCUGCGAUCCUAAAGCGUCGCCACGAGACUAUAGCGGUUUGUGAGGCCGCGUGUGGAGGCCUGCUUUCGAGCUACCUUGUGUCGGUGCCCGGAGCAUCAGAAUGGUUUUACGGGGGCACGCUGGUUUACAGUCUGAAAUCGCGGCUGAAGCUAAGUGGUUGGGACUCGCAUGAUAUUGAUACUUAUACGGGACCUUGCACCAAUGUCGCGUUAAGGCUGGCACGGAACUUGCGACUUGAGUUGGGAGCCACUUACACGCUAAGCGAGACCGGAUAUGCCUCAACGCCUCAGGUCUCGAUGGCGAAUGACCCAGAUGCCAAGAGCAAGACGGGAACUGUGUAUUUUGGAAUAUCGGGACCGGAAAGAGAUCUGUCAAAAGUGUACAAUACUGGGAGCACAGAUAGAUGCGAAAACAUGCAAACUUUUGCCAUCGAAGGACUUAAAUUUCUUCGUCAAGAGUUGCAGAGAUGUGAGCAGACAAACGAGCAACCUAAUGGCAAGAAGCAGAAGCAUCGUUGA